CUUGCUUUGUUUGAGCUGUUUGAGCUUCAGACUGACCGGAGAGACGACAGGAGACGCUCAACGCAAACACCUCCAGUGUCUUUGUGAUCCAGCUGCGUUAUAAGCAGCUGUACUGUUUUAUUCUUUAGGUUUGUAACUGUGUAGUAACGCUAACAGAGAUGCCGUCCGACAGACCCUUCAAACAAAGGAGGACAUUUGCUGACCGGUGCAAAGAGGUCCAGCAGAUCCGUGAGCAGCACCCCAACAAGAUCCCCGUGAUCAUCGAGAGGUAUAAGGGAGAGAAGCAGCUGCCCGUUUUGGACAAGACCAAGUUCCUGGUACCCGACCACGUCAACAUGAGCGAGCUGGUGAAGAUCAUCAGGCGUCGGCUGCAGCUGAACCCCACGCAGGCCUUCUUCCUGCUGGUCAACCAGCACAGCAUGGUGUCGGUGUCCACGGCCAUCUCCGAGAUCUACGAGCAGGAGAGAGACGAGGACGGCUUCCUCUACAUGGUCUACGCCUCGCAGGAGACCUUCGGCUGCUAGGGAGGGAGACGGGGAGGGAGAGGGGGGGAGGGUUGAGG